AUGGUAUUAGGCAAUGACGAUGUCGUCACGAAUCUAACAGAGUACAACCGCAUAACGGUUAGCGAUAUGACCCAGAUGGCUUUCGAGGUCAUACUUAUGGUGUUCGUCUGCACUGUCAACACGUUGACGUUGAUUACAGUUUUCCUGAACCGGAACUUGUGGACUGUUCCUAACAUGUACAUUAUAUCGCUGGCCGUUGCGGAUUUUCUGACGGGUCUGUCGCUCGCUUAUCAAAUAGUGUUCCACAUACCGGAGAUAAAACUAGUGUUGGACCAGAACAAAUAUCUCUGUCUUUUCAGACAUGUACUAUUCUUUACCAUGAUUGGCGCUUCAUUGUCGAAUAUGAUUCUUAUUGCCUUUGAUAGAUGGACGUGUAUUACGUUUCCUUUGACAUACAAACGAUUGGCUACAAUACAAAAAGCAGGAAUACUCAUUGGAAUUGCCUGGAUUGUUGCAACGAUCAUUGGGUCAAUGCCUCUGUAUGUCAAUAACUGGCAACAAGACACCCCUUGCCUAUUUUUCAAAGUACUCACCAUGGAAUACCAAGUUUACGUUCAAGGCGGAUUCUUCAUUGUGUGUUCAAUAAUUAUCGCAGCUUGCUAUGGUCAUAUUUUUCGUAUUGCCAAGAGGGAAAGAGAAGCCAUUUUACGAGUGACGGUCAUAAGCGACGCACAAGCCGAUGGUGCACGAAUGGCCAAAUUCAAAAGGGACUGGGAGUUGGUCGUAAUGUUCGGCGUUGUUUUUGGUGUUUUCUUUCUCUGCAGUGCCCCGGCGUUCAUAUUUGUGACCAUAGCAUACACAGUGGGGGUUUCAGAAACCGUCAACAGCUUCACUGUUCCGCUACUCAUGAUGAACUCUGGGAUGAACUUCGUUAUUUACGUCGUGAAAAACUCGCACUUUCGAACGGCUCUAAAAGCUACUUGUUUGAACUGUCGAACAACAGUAAUUGGUGCCAUGUAA